CCACAAACACGAUAAAGCAAACCACAAAAGGCGUACAAAAAUAUGAGAAACCAAACCAUAAAUCUCACAAUGCAGACCAUAACAUCCGGUGAUCGUUGACCGUUGACCGGUCAAUGAAGACCGUUGACCGAACUCCGGUGACCGUCAGUGACCGGAUUCCGUUGCCGAUAAGCAUAUUCCGGCCCCGGUGACUAGAUUCCGACGCCGGUAAGCAUAUUCCGACACCGGUAAGCAUAUUCCGACUCCGGUAAGCAUAUUCCGGCCACAAAAUAGUAUAUUCCGGCGACAAAAGGAUAUUCCGGUGACCGUCGACCAUUUUCCGGCGACCGUUGGCAGAAUUCCGGGGACCAAAUUUUUGGGCAAAAAUAAAAAAAUAUAUUUUUUAUUUUUUUUAUUAUUUAAACAUAUUUUUCAUAAUGACAAUUAUACCCCUGUUUUGAUUUUACACUAGGUCAACUCAACUAAUAAAAAGUCAUCACAUCCUAGCUUCCUAUUGGUUGGGGACUAGUGUUGUUACAAUAACAACACAAUGGGUAUUGUUACAAUAACCGGUCCCGUCGAUUUGGGACCGGUUAUUGUAACAACACCCAUUGUGUUGUUAUUGUAACAACACUAGUCCCCAACCAAUAGGAAGCUAGGGAUGUGAUGACUUUUUAUUAGUUGAGUUGACCUAGUGUAAAAUCAAAACAGGGGUAUAAUUGUCAUUAUGAAAAAUAUGUUUAAAUAAUAAAAAAAUAAAAAAAAUAAAGAAUAAAAAAAAUAAAAAAAUAAUUUUUAUUUUCUGCCCAAAAAUUUGGUCGCCGUAAUUCUGCCACCGGUCGCCGGAAAGUGGUCGCCGGUCACCGGAAUAUGCUAUUUGUCGCCGGAAUAUGCUUACCGGUGUCGGAAUAUGCUUACCGGCGUCGGAAUCUAGUCAUCGGGGCCGGAAUAUGCCUAUCGGCGUCGGAAUCUGCUCACUGACGGUCACCGGAGUUCGGUCAACGAACUUCGUUGACCGGUCAACGGUCUUCGUUGACCGGGUCAACGGUCAACGAAGACCGGAUGUAUGGUCUACAUUGUGAGAUUUAUGGUUUGGUUUCUCAUAUUUUUGUAUGCCUUUUGUGGUUUGCUUUAUCGUGUUUGUGGUUUGCAUUAAGAAGUUUCUGGUUUGCUUUAUCGUGUUUCUGGUUUGCAUUGAGAAGUUUCUGGUUUGCUUUCAAAAACUUUGUGGUUUGCAUUGUGAGGUUUUUGGUUUGUUUUAAUAUAUUUGUGGUUUGCAUUAGGACGUUUAUUGUUUGCUUUUUUGUGGUUUGAUUUACUGUGUUUGUCGUUUGCAUUAGGAGGUUUCCGGUGUGCUUUCGCAAAUGUUAUGGUUUGCUUUGUGAGGUUUGUGGUUUGUUUUAGGAGAUUUGUGGUAUGCAUUAGGAGGUUUGUGGUUUGCAUUAUGAGGUUUUUGAUGUGUUUUGGAAAGAUUUGUGGUAUGCAUUAGGAGGUUUCUGGUUUGUUUUAAUAUAUUUGUGGUCUGCAUUAGGAGGUUUCUGGUGUGCUUUCGCAAAUGUUGUGGUUUGCUUUGCGAGGUUUGUGGUUUGUUUUAGGAGAUUUGUGGUAUGCAUUAGGAGGUUUCUGGUUUGCAUUAAGAAGUUUCUGGUGUGCUUUCGAAACUUUUGUGGUUUGGUUUGCAGGGUUUCAGGUUUUUUUUAAUAUAUUUGUGGUCUGCAUUAGGACGUGUUUGGUUUGCUUUACCGUGUUUGUGGUUUGCAUUAGAGGGUUCCUGGUGUGCUCGCAAAGCAACAACAAUAUAACAACAAUAUAAGAUAUUUGUUAUUGGAACAUAUACAAAGAUUUGUACGGCUGAAAUGCAUUAACCAAGAGACCGGCUUAAGCAUCCAAUUAGCAAUCACACCAGAAAACCCAAAUCCCAAAAAUGACAAAGUAAGAAGUUUACAAACAAUGAACACUAAGGGAUGUUCCAACGCCCUUAUGUUCUGGUUACCACCUCUGUUGCAGAGUGUUUUCAGGAUAUAAAUUCUCCUUUACUCUGCGUCUUCGUUGGUUCUCAAUCUCAAGUUGAGCAGCUUCCGUAUUAGUUUCUUCUCUUCAGCCAGACAUCCAAAGGGAUCAACAAAGAGACUGCCCUUGCUCUGGCUUCCUUUUACAUGCUAACUAACCGGAGCUUCUGUUUUCCCCUUCCAACCGCCAUGAGAGAAGCAAAUCCUCCCUGCAGCGACGUUGUCGGUGUUGAGCGUGUAGGUCAAUGACGAUGAGAGGCGCCGGCGUCACGAGAUCUAAAACAGAGGAGGCCAUCGACGAGAAGAAAUUGCAGAGUCUAUUUCCCGGCGCCGGCGAGGAAGAAGCGGGGCAGAGGAGUCGGAGAAGGAACGAGAUUCGGUCGGAAAACUAAUCAGCAGCCGCCGCUGCCAUUAUGACAGAGCUAUGAUGGAGAGAUCGGCGGAGUUGCCAGACUGGCAGAGCAAAGUUUGGGGCGGGAUGAGGGAAGAAACCCGAUUUGAUAAGUAGGGAUGGGUAAAUAUAUUUUAAUUAACUUUUUUAUUGGUUAGAUAUUAUGUUAGUUUACUCUUUUACCCUUGUUGUCACUAUAACAACAGUAUUGGUGUUGUUAUAGUAUCCGAACCCACAAUCGACAAUCCCAUCACGGCAGUCGGCAGAUACGAUACGCACUCUUCGGUCCUUCGCCUCUCAUCUUUCCAACGUAUAGCUAUUCCUUUCUCUACUUUCCCCACAGGAUCGAAACUCCUGUAGCCGGCGUUGCACAAAACCUGCAAUCCCUGCUGAAAGCUUCAACCCUUCCAGCUUCCCCGACUCUCCUCCAAUGGCCGCCACCUCUCUAACUGCUCCAAAGCUCACUUUCUCUCCUACCCUCCAGUCCCUCUACAGAAACCUCACCACCCCCAUCCCUCUAUCUUCUUCUUCUCCUUCUUUCCUCUUCCUCCGCAAAACCCUACCCUCCCACCACUCUCGCUCCUUCUCCCUCUUCCAACAACCCCGCCGUCAAUUCACCGCUCGCGCCGACUCCGACAACGGCACCGAGUCGCCACGUCAGUACGAUUUCGACCUCUUCACCAUCGGCGCCGGGAGCGGCGGUGUGCGUGCCUCGCGCUUCGCCGCCAAUUUCGGCGCCUCUGUUGCCAUCUGCGAGCUUCCCUUUGCCACCAUAUCCUCUGACACUGCUGGGGGCGUCGGCGGCACGUGUGUUCUUCGCGGAUGCGUGCCGAAGAAAUUGCUGGUGUAUGCGUCUAAAUACGCCCACGAGUUCGACGAGAGCAAUGGGUUUGGGUGGAAAUAUGAGAGUGAACCCAAGCAUGAUUGGAUCACUCUAAUGGCUAACAAAAAUGCAGAGCUGCAACGACUCACUGGUAUCUACAAAAACAUUCUAAAGAAUGCUAAUGUCUCACUGAUUGAGGGCAGAGGAAAGAUUGUUGAUCCGCACACAGUUAAUGUGGACGGGAAGAUCUAUACAGCAAGGCACAUAUUGGUUUCGGUUGGAGGACGACCUUUCAUUCCCGACAUUCCAGGAAAGGAAUAUGCAAUUGAUUCAGAUGCUGCACUUGAUUUGCCAUCUCAACCCAAGAAAAUCGCAAUCGUUGGUGGGGGAUACAUUGCAUUGGAGUUUGCUGGCAUCUUCAAUAGUUUGAAAAGCGAGGUUCAUGUAUUUAUCAGGCAGAAAAAAGUACUAAGAGGCUUUGAUGAGGAGGUUAGAGAUUUUGUUUCAGAGCAAAUGUCUCUAAGAGGAAUUGAGUUUCACACAGAAGAGUCACCACAAGCUAUUGUUAAAUCUGGAGACGGUUCACUAUCGUUGAAGACAAACAAAGGAACAGUGGAAGGCUUCUCGCAUAUAAUGUUUGCUACAGGCCGUAAGCCCAAUACAAAGAAUUUGGGGCUAGAAAACGUAGGGGUCAAGAUUGCCAAGAAUGGGGCAAUUGAGGUGGAUGAAUACUCUCGCACUGCUGUCCCGUCCAUUUGGGCAGUUGGCGAUGUUACAGAUAGGAUAAAUUUGACUCCAGUUGCUUUAAUGGAAGGGAUGGCACUGGCAAAAACACUGUUCAAGGAUGAACCUUCAAAACCUGAUUACCGGGCUGUUCCCGCUGCUGUUUUCUGUCAGCCACCAAUCGGAAAUGUUGGUCUUACUGAAGAGCAGGCAAUCAAUGAGUACGGUGAUGUCGACAUCUACACAUCAAAUUUUAGGCCUUUAAAGGCUACUCUGUCAGGACUUCCAGAUCGGGUCUUCAUGAAAUUAUUAGUCUGUGCUAAGUCGGACAAAGUUAUUGGCCUGCACAUGUGUGGAGAAGAUGCACCUGAAAUUGUUCAGGGAUUUGCAGUUGCUAUAAAAGCAGGGUUAACCAAAGCAGACUUUGAUGCGACAGUUGGUAUUCAUCCAACAGCUGCUGAGGAGUUUGUCACCAUGAGGACCCCAACCCGGAAGAUUCGAGGCAACCCCAAGUCUGAGGAGACGAAAGAUCAAGAAACUAAAGCUGCGGCUGGAGUUUAGACUUGAAUAUUGUGGCUGGCAUAGUUAGCAUGACAUCUUCCUCAUGGUCCAAACAGAAGCUCUUGAUUUCUGUACAGUACGAUUACUAGUUCAUUACUCCUACUUUCUGUUAAUGUGUAAGCGGGAUUUCGUCACACUGCACACAACAAUGAUGAGCCUUAAAAGCUUGCUUUCUGUUGAACCUGGUUCUGUUACUCUUAUCGUUGGUUAGGUUUCUUCUCUAGUCUGGCUGAUCGCAAAGACGCAUAGAAUAAGGCUUUCCUUUGUGUUUCUCGUUUGGAUGCCAUUUCCUGCAAAUUGGUUCAUCGUGUGUCCGAGAAGCAGGAAGAGUCACUAUCUCUUUGACAUGAUCGGCUUGAUGAGGUAUAGUUGUUAAUGCUCUACUAGAAGUUGAUGCUCGGCUCAUAAACAUUGAUUACGUUGCAGGGGUCACUGAAAUGGGCACUUCUGCAAAUGCAUGACAAAGGAGAGUUUUUAAGCCGAGAUUCAGCCGAGUUGGAAGUGUGUUAAGUCGUCUGUUUACGUCUUCUUGUGCAUCGGGAGUCGGCUUCAUUUUUGUUUAGAUGCCAGAAAGAAAAACAAAGCUCAGAAACUCAGCACGGCCCUAUUGUAAACAAACUGUUGAGCCUCUUCACCCCUUCCAUGCUUAUGUGCUGAUAAAGAUGAAAAGGCAGAGCUUAGGGUACUUUCAUCAAGUUUGUUAGUAUGGUGCUAGUACUAGUUUCAAUCGGUGAGAAUAUUUUGUUUCGAUGAUUUAUUUAUUCAAGGAAUUGGCAAUAACUAAUACUGAUUUUCUAAGGAAGCGGUGUUCUUAUCAUUCUUAAAAAUUAAGGGAUCACGUGCAUAUGAAAUUGGUUAUUUAUCUCGCCCCGUGUCUCACUUGAAGUAGCAUCUGCAUUGAAACCUAACUCGCCAUAGAAAAUUAGGAACAACGAUCCGACCAUCAAAGGUUGUAUCCAUUGAGACAAGACAUAGAAGAAACGACGAAGGUUUGGUGCAAGACUGGAGUGAGGAGUCGUAGACAAAGGAUUUGUGAGCAAGAAUCCAAGGGAAUACACUAGGAAAUGUGAAUAGCUAUUUGAGAUUUAUGGAAUCCCUAGGGAGCAGCAAGUGUGGUUGGGUGAGAUUUACUUCGAAUGAAGGCCAGAUACUUGGUUUGAAGGCUGGAAACAAGCCGUGUGGAGUUAGUUUGGAAAGAGUUUGUGCUGGCUUUAUGUAUAAAUUUAGUGACUGGUCUUUUGGAGGAAUUGUUGGUGAGUUCAAUAAGCUCAGGCAACGUGGUUCCUGGAUGGGGUAUCAAGAGAAGUUUGAGGAGCUUAAGUCCCAAAUGGUUCGUAACAAUCCUCCCCUCGUGAGGAGUACUUCAUUUCUAGUCAUGUUAGUGGUUUGGAAGAGGAAUUAAGACCAGUCAUAACCAUGUGACAGCCACAGUCUUAAGCUCAUGCUAUCCAAUUGUCUUAGUUGGAAGAAGUUUCCAAUGAAGCGAAGGAAACUUAUGGGAUCUGUCCCUAAGGUAGCCAACAUCAGGAGCUUCAUCUUCCACUCCUCCUCGAAAGUGGGAGCCUGCAAAAGACACCAUUUGUCAAGACAUCUCCCCUGCUACUGGGAAUAGGCCAAACAUGACUAAAGGAACCUGUUACAAAUGUGGAGAUAGGUAUUUCUAAGGACAUGUAUGUGAUAAUAAAUGUCAGUUGAAUGCUUUACAAGCUGAUGAUGAUGAAGUAAAGGGUGAUGUGAUAGUGGCACCUACACCUUGGAGUGAUGAUGAAGGUGUGGUGUUUGAAGAUUGUGUUGAAGGGCAGUCGGAGCUAGUGGAAGUGACCAUGCAGGCUCUUAGUAGUGGAGCUUCGGCGAACUCACUGAUAAUCAAGGAAAAAGUGAAGAAAGCAUUUCUCAUGGUCCUUAUUGACACAAGAAGCACACACCAUUUUUUAAUGAGCACAAGGCUAAGGAACCGGGUUGUGAGUUGCAGGGUGCUACUCCUUUGAGAGUGAAGCUAACUGAUGGUACCAUUCGUAUGAGUAACUAGUGUGUAAAGGGUUUGAGUGGGGUAUGCAGCAGCACAGGUUUCAAUAUGAUGUGAGAAUUUUGCAAUUAGGAUCAAAUGACACGGUGUUGGGGAUGGACUAGUUGAGAACUAUCAACCUAGUAAAGUUUGAUUUUUUUAACCUAUAUUUGGUCUUUGACAAAGAUGGAGAAGAGGUUGAGUUAAGGGGUGCUCAGGAAGUGGGUAGCUGCAAGUCGUUGACUGGCGAGAGCCUUCAUUAAUAUUUUAACCAGAAAGGCCAUAGCUGGGAUAUGGACAAUUAUUCACAAUAGCUUCUAUUCUAGUAACAAGUAAUUCACCUCCCUCUUUUGUGAAGUCUAUCUUAUGAACCAAUUGUUUGUCUCAUUUCUCAGGAAAUUCAAUUUUGUUUUCUUCGAUGACAUCCUAGUUUAUAACCCUGACCAAGACACCCAUUGUAAGCACAUCAUCCUUACUCUCCAAAUCCUCAGAAAACACACACUCUAGGCCAAACCAUCCAAAUGUUCUUUUGCCCUAAUGGAGCUGAAUUAUCUAGGCCCUGUAAUCAAUGGGCAUGGUGUUUGCAAUGAUCCAACUAAGAUUAAAGUUACGUUGAAGUGGCCCAUACCCAUAAAUGUGAAGGAAUUGCAUUGCUUUCUUGGUUGAACUGGCUAUUAUAGAAAGUUUGUCAUGGAUUAUGGAGCUAUUAUCAAGCCAUUGACUAAGUUAUUGAAGAUGAUGUUUUGCUUGGUUAUCCACUACUGGCAGAGCUUUUGAGCUGCUCAAGACUGCUAUGGUCUAGUUACCUGUCUUUGCCUUACCAAAUUUCUAUCUACCCUUCCAGUUGGAGAGGCCUAGUUGUCUUGUCUCAAGAGGGAAGACCUAUUGCUUACCACAGUCAAGCUUUAGGCAUCACACAAGAAGGAUUUUCUGUCUAUGUAAAUGAGGGGCAAGUCUUUUAUAAAUCACCAAGUGGAGGCAUUAACUAGAAGGUAGACCUUUUACUAUCCUCAUAGAUCAUGAAAGCCUUAAACAUUGAGCACUUCUACCAUGCUAUAUAGUAUUGGUGCUUUAAUGUACAACUUAAAGUUGUACCAUAAUAUUAAAUGUAUAAGUUUAGGCUGUACCAUAAAGCAAUUUGUACCAUUAUGUUAUGGUAUAACUUUAAAACUUGAAGUUGUACCAUCACAUAAAAGUACAAGUUCAAGUUGUACCAUAAAAGAAUUUGUACAAAAAGUAUAGGUACAAUCUGACAUUGUACCAUAACAUAAAUGUACAAUUUUAAG